AUGCGUCGCCAUGGUAGGGCCAGCGGAGGCCCGACCAAGGCCGUCUCGCCCUUGUCCGAUACCGUCUCGCUCAUCCAUUCCUUCGAUUCGGUCCUCAACCCCAACCGACCGGCACGACCUUCGCCCUUGGCCUCCUCCCAUAUAAAAGCCUUACCGCUCGAGCUCGUCGAUCGUCUGCGCUCGUUUCCGUUGUUCCAGGCCACACCCGAAUCCUUCUUGAUCGAGGUCGGCCAGCACCUGCGACCCCAGCUCCAUGCCCCCAACGACUAUAUCCUGACCGAAGGCGACGAUGCAAGGGCGAUAUAUUGGUUGGUGCGGGGCACCGUCUCAGUCACAUCACGCGAUGGCGAGAGUAUCUAUGCCGAGCUCAACCCGGGAGCGUUCUUCGGAGAAAUCGGCGUACUGAUGGAUCGGCCACGCACGGCGACGAUCAUCGCUCGUACCCGGUGCAUGCUGGUCGUGCUCACAAAAGAAGAUUUUCGAAAUAUUUUGCCACGCUUCCCAGAAGUGGAGCGGGCAAUCAGAGAAGAAGCGCAAGAACGCUUAAUGAUUUUGGAGAAGAAAAAGAAAGAAACCUCGGCGCCUGUCGUGGAUGAGCCCAGCCCUAGCCCAGUACGGAGGGGUUCCAAACGCUUGAGAGAAAGCUUCUCUAAAGACUUGGUUGUGGCCGAGGAAGACUUCAAUGCCAGCUCGAUUCAUAAAAAGCGAAAAUCGCCGAGCCCAGGGCGGCGGGAUCCUUCCAGUGCGCUGGCCAAUGGCUUGGUCAAUGUCCGUCUCUUGCUCAAAGAGCUUCCUCUGUUCAACGGGUUGCCGGCCGAUAUUCUCCACUUUUUGGGACUCAAUGCCCAGCCAAGCUCAUUCCCUCCAUUCACCGAUAUCAUCAAACAAGAUUCUCAAGGCCGAGAGCUGUAUUUCAUUGUCCGUGGUGAAGUUGAAGUUGUCACGGAAAGACACAGACAAAGUCAUACGCAUCAUGGCCAAGUGAAUGGCGUUGAUCGUCCAGAGGUGGAAAUCAAAGCUCGGCUGAGGCAAGGUCAAUAUUUCGGAGAAGUGGUCAGCCUGUCACUCGCACCACGUCGGACAGCUACCGUUCGAUCCGUUACGUCGGUGGAGUGCCUCAUGCUGAGCGGGGAGGUCCUGUCGAAGUUUUGGGAAAUGUGUCCCCAUGAUAUUCGCGAGCAAGUUGAGCACACUGCUCAAGAGAGACUUCAAGCUGCUGCAGAUGGCGAUGUGAUUAUGACGGAUGCAACGGAUGAGCAGUCUCCCUUGGGUGAUCUCGAUCUCGAUGAGCGUGUCAAGAUAACCGCUGCUCGGAGGCGCUCAAUGCCCCUGUUGACUUUGACCGAGACCGAGCUAGACGGGCCACAUCAAUCGUCACCUGUCGAAGAUCAGGAUGAAGCUGUAUUGAGACCUUCCGACCCGGACCCUUAUCUCAGCCUUGGACUGGACAAGGUUCGGCUUCGAAGCCGACGCGGCUCGUUGGCGCCAUUGACCCCGGAAGAAAUCACGGGCGAGCAGCAACGUCCAUACCCCACCGAAUCUCGUUCUGUUGGCUCGUCAUCCGACCUCGCUCUGCCUGAGACCAUAGGUCUCUCAAAACCGCACCAAAAGGCGCGUCCACCCGGUGACGCUCAACACAGCAUCUUCCCUGACAGUGUGCUGUUGAACAUCUUCCAGUUUAUGGAGCUUCACGAACUCCUUCAGCUUCGCGGAGUUUCCUCUCACUGGUCUGAGAUCUUGAACACGUCAAGCGAGAUCGUUCGCGACUUGGACCUUAGCCUAUAUAAUCGCUGCGUGACGGACGACGUGCUUGUCAAGAUAAUCUGCCCAUUUGUUGGUAAUCGGCCUCGGUCUGUUAACAUCAACAACUGUUUCCAUAUCACGGACGAGGGUUUCAAUGCGUUGGUCAAUACUUGCGCGCCCACCUCGACCACGUGGAGAAUGAAAAGUGUCUGGGAUGUGACGGCAUCUGCAAUCCUCGAGAUGUCUAGCAAAGCUGUUGGUCUCGAAGAAGUAGAGCUGAGCAAUUGCCGAAAAGUGGGAGACACACUGAUGGCGCGGAUAGUUGGAUGGGUCAUUCCCGGGACUCAAAAGCCUAGCGAAGGCAAAUCAGCCUCCAUCAAGCCAACUCUUCAAACAGCCGACGGCAUAGUAUAUGGCUGUCCCAAGCUGAAAAAGCUUACCCUUUCCUACUGCAAGCACGUCACGGAUCGGUCAAUGCACCACAUCGCCUCUCACGCCGCCAGCCGUAUUGAGGAAAUGGACUUGACACGCUGCACUACCAUCACAGAUCAAGGUUUCCAGUAUUGGGGCAAUGCACGCUUUACCAACCUGCGCAGACUUUGUUUGGCGGAUUGCACAUACCUGACGGACAAUGCCAUUGUCCAUCUUACAAACGCAGCUAAGCAGCUGCAAGAGUUGGACCUGUCCUUCUGCUGUGCCCUCUCCGAUACGGCAACCGAAGUUCUCGCUCUCCAAUGCUCCCAACUCCAAUACCUCAACAUGUCAUUCUGCGGCUCGGCCAUCUCCGAUCCCUCCCUAAGAAGCAUCGGACUUCACCUUUUGUCUCUCAAACACCUAUCAGUCCGUGGCUGCGUCCGUGUCACAGGGGUUGGUGUCGAGGCUGUCGCAGAAGGCUGCCAUCAACUCCAAUCCUUUGAUGUGAGCCAGUGUAAGAACCUAAUGCCUUGGUUUGAGGAUAAUGGGCCCAUGCGGUACCAACCACGCAUCGAAUUUGAGACUGUCGCUUCAAAUGGACGGAAUUUCAGGUGA